AUGGUGAUGCGGCGCGCAUGGGCAGCCCUCAGGCCACAAGGCGUAGCUCUCAUCCGUAGCUCCCAACACAUGCGCGUGCUCAACGCGAGCUUCGUGCCGCGGGCCGGCGCCUGCACCGCGCUGCGGACGUCGCCGCUGCGGCCAACGCGGACGUACUGCCUGCCGUCGCUCGUCAUCGUCGGCGCCAUGCGCGCCGGCACGUCGGCGCUCUGCGACUUGCUGUCGAAGCAGCCGCGCUACGCGCGCAACGCCGACGGCCGCGAGGUGCACUACUUCAGCGACCCCUUCGCGUCGCCGCGGAAGCUCGCCAAGGCCUGGCCCGCGUACGCGGCGCGGUUUCCGAGGCGGAGGCGCGACGAGCUCGUCUUCGAGAAGACCGCGCAGUACCUGACGAGCCCCGGCGGCCUCGCGGCCAUGUUCGCCGUGCUCGGGCCGGCCCUGCGCGUCGUCGCCGUGCUCCGCGAGCCCGGCGCGCGGCUCUACUCCGAGUUCCAGCACCACUGCGCCGCGGGCCGCGUCGCCGCGGCGCCGCGCGGCGCGCGGCGGUCCACGGGCCCGCGCAACGGCACGGCGCUCCCGCGCGGCGCCGUCGUCCGCGGCGACGUGCUCCCCGACGGCACGCUCGUCGCCGCCGCGGUCUGCUACGCGGCCCGGGGCCUCAAGGACAAACUGUCGGUGCUCCACGCGUCGCGCCGCCGCCGCGCCGCGAACCCCGGCUGGCUCGUGCCCCGCGGCGCCCGGACGCCCCUCGGCGCGCCCUGGUGCGCGCCGGCGGACUUCGCGCGCUUCCUCGACGCCGCGCCGCCCGGCGGCGGCGAGUGGGGCGAGGUCGCGGCGGGCGACUACGCGGUCCACGUCCGCGCCGUCCUCGCGCGCUGGCCCGCCGCGGCCGUCGUCGACGCGGGCGCGCUCCGCCGCGACCCGGCGGCGGUGCUCGCCGCCGUCGUCGGCGCCGGCGCCGCGCCGCCGGGGGCGCCCUUCCGGCCGUCGCGCGCGACCCGCGCGGCGCCCAUGCUCGCGGCGACGCGGCGGCGGCUCGACGAGCGAUACGCCGCGCCGACCGCCGCGCUCGCCGCGCUCCUCGGGCCCGCGCGGCGGGGCUUUUGGUCGGGAGACUAG